AUGCUCUUCCCCGCCAAACCCCGCUGUCGCUUUUCCCUCCAGGCGCGCGCGGUCAAUUUUCGUCUCCGCACCCUCUCUCCGUCCUUUUUUCCCUUCAUCGUUUCCUCCGCACGAGGGGUCCGCGGAAUUGCUGUAUCCUCGUCUGGUCGGUCUCCGCUGGCAGCUUUUUUAAAUCCCCCGGCCGCCUCUUCCCAUCGCACGUUCUGCAGCUCCGCAGUCAUGGCCACCAAGAUUGACGGUACGGCGAUCGCCAAGAGCAUUCGCGCAGGCUUGAAGGCCGAGAUCGAACACGCUCAGGUCACCAACCCCAGAUUCAAGCCGAAUUUGGUCAUCUUCCAGGUUGGAAGCCGGUCCGAUUCCAGCACCUAUGUGCGCAUGAAGCUGAAGGCCGCUGAAGAGGCCAACAUCAUCUGCACCCUUAUCAAUGUCCCCGAGACCGUCACCGAAUCUGAGCUCCUGCAGGAGAUCACCAAGGCCAACAAUGACCCCACUGUUCACGGUAUCUUGGUGCAAUUGCCCCUCCCCGCCCACAUGUCGGAGCACACCAUCACCUCCGCCGUCGCCGAUGAGAAGGAUGUCGAUGGAUUUGGCGCAAUCAACAUUGGCGAGCUCGCCAAGCGUGGCGGCCGUCCGCUAUUCACUCCCUGCACCCCUCUGGCCGUGAUGGAGCUUCUCAAGGCUAGUGGCGUUGACCCCGCCGGCAAGGAGGCUGUUGUUCUGGGCCGUAGCGACAUUGUUGGUAGCCCCGUCAGCUACUUGUUGAAGAACGCCGACGCUACUGUCACUGUCUGCCACUCCAAGACCCCCAAUCUGGCCCGUGUUGUCAAGAACGCCGACAUCGUUGUCGCUGCCAUUGGCAAGACCGAGCUGGUCACCGGCGACUGGCUGAAGCCCGGUGCUGUGGUCAUUGAUGUCGGCAUUAACUACAAGCCUGAUGCUACCAAGAAGUCGGGCCAGCGCCUUGUUGGCGAUGUGGAUUUCGAGUCUGCGUUCCAGGUCGCUUCCCAGAUCACCCCGGUUCCCGGUGGUGUUGGCCCCAUGACCGUGGCCAUGCUCUUGAAGAAUGUGGUGCACUCUGCCAAGUCUUACUUUGAGAAGCAGAAGGACCGUCACAUUACCCCUCUGCCCAUCCGCCGGGAGACUCCCGUGCCCUCCGACAUUGCGAUCUCCCGUGCCCAAUACCCCAAGCCUAUUACCCAAGUUGCAUCUGAGGUUGGCGUCGCUCCCCACGAGCUGGAGCCUUACGGCCACACCAAGGCGAAGAUUAGCCUGAGCGUUCUGGACCGUCUGGCCCACCGCCGCAAUGGACGCUACAUCCUGGUCUGCGGCAUUACUCCUACUCCUCUUGGUGAGGGCAAGUCCACUACUACUCUGGGCCUCACCCAAGCGCUGGGUGCUCAUCUGAACCGCAUCACCUUUGCCAACGUUCGCCAGCCCAGCCAGGGUCCCACGUUCGGUAUCAAGGGCGGUGCUGCCGGUGGUGGUUACAGUCAGGUUAUCCCUAUGGACGAGUUCAACCUGCACUUGACUGGUGACAUUCACGCCAUCACCGCCGCUAACAACCUGCUCGCUGCGGCCAUUGAGACCCGUAUGUUCCACGAGUCUACUCAGAAGGAUGGCGCACUCUACAAGCGCCUGGUCCCCGCCAAGAAGGGCAAGCGCGAGUUCCAGCCGAUCAUGUACCGCCGCCUGAAGAAGCUUGGCAUUGAGAAGACCAACCCCGAUGAGCUUACUGAGGAGGAGAUCCGCCGUUUCGCUCGUCUUGAUAUCGACCCUGAGACCAUCACCUGGCGCCGUGUUCUCGAUGUGAACGACCGUCACCUACGUGGCAUUACCGUUGGUCAGGCGCCCACCGAGAAGGGUCUGUCCCGCGAGACUGGCUUCGAUAUCUCCGUUGCCAGUGAGUGUAUGGCCAUCCUGGCUCUGAGCAACAGCCUGGAGGAUAUGCGCGAGCGUCUCGGCCGAAUGGUGGUCGCUACCUCGAAGAACGGCGACCCCGUGACCUGCGACGACAUUGGUGCUGGUGGUGCCCUGGCUGCCCUAAUGAAGGACGCCAUCAAGCCCAACCUGAUGCAGAGUCUGGAGGGCACCCCCGUCAUGGUGCAUGCGGGUCCCUUCGCCAACAUUAGUAUCGGUGCUAGCUCGGUCAUUGCCGACAAGCUGGCUCUCAAGCUGGCCGGUACUGAGCCCGACGAGGACCAUGACGGCAAGACCGGAUUCGUGGUGACGGAGGCUGGGUUCGACUUCACCAUGGGCGGCGAGCGAUUCUUCAACAUCAAGUGCCGAUCGUCGGGUCUGUCGCCCGACACUGUUGUCAUCGUGGCUACGGUCCGUGCGCUGAAGGUGCACGGUGGUGGCCCCGAGAUCACCCCGGGCGGCGCCCUGCAUGAGAUCUAUCGUACCGAGAAUGUGGACAUUCUCCGUGCAGGCUGCAUCAACCUGCGCAAGCACAUUGCCAACGCCAAGCAGUACGGCGUGCCUGUCGUCGUUGCGAUCAACAAGUUCGAGACGGACACCGAAGCCGAGAUCAACGUCAUCCGCGAGGAGGCUAUCGCUGCUGGCGCGGAGGACGCGAUCCCUGCUAACCACUGGGCCGAAGGUGGAGCCGGCGCAGUCGAUCUGGCCAAGGGCGUCCUGGCGGCAAGCUCCAAGCCGAAGGACUUGAAGCUGCUGUACGACCUGAACGGCAGUAUCCAGGAGCGCAUCGAGCGCAUCGGCACGGCGAUGUACGGUGCGGACAAGGUGGAGUUCAGCGAGCUGGCGCAGAAGAAGGUCGACACCUACACGAAGCAAGGCUUCGCCAACCUGCCGAUCUGUAUCGCCAAGACGCAGUACUCGCUCAGUCAUGACCCGGCGCUGAAGGGUGCGCCCACCGGGUUCACGGUGCCCAUCCGCGAUGUGCGCCUGGCGGUGGGCGGUGGCUAUCUGUACGCACUGGCUGCGGAUAUCCAGACGAUUCCUGGUCUGCCGACCGCGCCGGGCUACUUGAACGUGGAUAUUGACGUGGAGACUGGGGAGAUUGACGGACUGUUCUAG